AUGGUUGUCCCACCAACAUUCUCUGACCUUGGAAAGGUUGCCAAAGAUGUGUUCAACAAGGGUUUCUCCAUCGGCAGCAACAAACUGACCGUGAAAACCAAGACAUCAUCUGGUAUUUCUCUGAGCCCUACCUUCGAAAUGAAGAACGAUGCUCUCGUCGCUUCAUUUGAGACAUCUGGUUCUCCCUCCGAGGGAUUUACUCUCAAGGAGAAAUGGACUUCUGAGAAUGUGACCAAAACUAAUCUUAUUGUCGAAGAUAAGAUUUGCAAAGGACUCAAACUCGACCUUGAGGUAGUUGUUAAUGCUGCCUCGGGAAAGAAGGGUGCUGUUGCCAAAACAGCAUACAAAACGGACUGUUUCAAUGGAACCUUCAAUGCUAACCUUGACCUUGCUGGACCAACUUUGAACGCCACAGCUGUCGGAGAAUACAGUGGAGUACAAGGAGGUGUUGAGGUUGCAUUCGACACAGAAAAGUCUAAGCUCACCAAGAACACCCUCGCUGUUGGCUACUCUCAGAACGAUUUCAGCUUUGUUGGAUUCGUGAAAGAUCUAUCCCUGUUUGAAGGACUUGUCCAUCACAAAGUAAAUGAUGAUACUGAAGUUGCUGCUUCAUUGAACUGGAACAACCAGACCAACGGAUGUGCUUUCAACUUUGGUGCCAAACACACUCUUGACAAAGCCACUGCUCUGAGGAUGAAGAUCGACUGCAGCGGAAAGACCACCCUCUCCGUUACCCACAAAGUGAAGCCAUGGCUGGAGGCUACAUUCUCCAACCAGGUUAACGCCAAAACCCUGACCGGUUUAAGUCAUGGAAUCUCCCUUGAAGCCAGCCUCUAAAUCCACAGUGACUUGAACUAGAUUUUUAUAUAGAACAAUGCAAGCAUUGCUUCACGUUUAUUAGUAAAUAAACUUUAUAUCAUAGCAACAUUUGGACGUUCUCUAAUUUAUAAGUGGAUGAAUUUUUUCUAAGGUUUAGGUUUUAUCUUGAAAAAUGUUUACUGUCAAUGCCUAAAAUCGGCAAGCUUAGUUAUUUAUAGAUAAAUUGUUAUGAGAUUGUGAUGUGGUAAUUGAACUGGUCAUUCCAAAUCUUAGAUUACAUUGUUAACACAUGGAAUGGGGCUGAGAGUCUAAUAAGAAUUACUUUUUAAAGCUGAUGAGUUUUGAAUCAUAAGAUUUCGUUGAAAUGUCAUGGUGAGAUUUUCGUUCAGUUAACAUGUAUUUGAAUAGCUUUCUAUGGCAUUUUUUUCUAAUUCUGAUAAUAUGA